UGAUCAGCUUGCAGUGGGACGCUCAGGAACGUGUACUACUGCGUGUCUGGUGUGGCACAGGGAAGCGAAAAGUGUGCCACACAAUAAGCACUUAGCUGCGACCUUGAAGCAACGUGAAAAACAACUUAAACCAAGUACAGGUUGGAAAUCGAGUAGUCCCGACUUUUUAGGGCUCAGUGGAAACAGUGGAGACUGGCAGUAAGAGAAAUGAUAUGAGAACGUCUUUUUGUCCGGAGACACCACUGCAAGGCUGGAGAGAGUAGAUUUCCAGCCAUUGUGCCUUGGACUGGUACUGGACCUUGGACCUUUUGCUACUGGCACGCAGCAGUCUUUUCCACCACACUUCUAGAAAAUAGGAUAGAGGACCAGGACAAGCAGGGAUAAAGGAGAGGAACAGACAGAUCCUGAAAAGGGAGAGCCGAGUCUUUCAGAUGCUGUUUUUUUGCUGCUUUCUCUCUUUCACACUCUGUUUGCGUCCAUCUGGCUGCAAGAUUGCAUCCAAGACUGUUUCAUAAGCAGCCUUUUUGCUUGCAUGUUUUUUGGCCUUCGACGUUUCUGAAAUUAACAAUUUAUUUACCUCUUGCUCAAAGGAUAAUCUCACAGUUCAUCAUCAUUCCCCCCAAGGGGUUGGAGGGUACAGAUUCUCCACCCACUUGCUUUUAAGACUCGUAAAGGACAGUGUGUGUUACAAAAUGUCUAGAAUGUUUUAUGUUAGCCCAUGAGGAAGAUUCAACCCAAAAUGAUUUGCCUCUACAGUUCCUGCAGCCCAACCUAGUUAAAGUCUAUCGAUUUUUCAAACGCAAUAGGUGAGACUUAUCACCAGGUAUUCUCACCGUACUAUGAGUGAUGACAACUCAGACUCCGCCCCCAGCAAUGCUCCUAGGGUGGGAGCAGGAGGGGCCGAGGAGGAAGAAGAGAUGGUGCCGCAGACCAGCUCACCGGGCAUGAGUGGUAGCUCACCAUCAUCAAAUCCAGCCAAUGGAGGGACAGGAUCAUCUCCAGGAGGCGAGUCAGGACCCGCAAGAUUAUCCGGUGAUAACCGGGGGCCGAACUUGGACGACAUGGACGCACUAUCGAGCGGCAACGACUCCGGAGAACGGGAGAGUGAAGGAGGGCUGGAGAGAGAGAAUGGCUCCAGGGGACGACAGUCCAUGCGAAGUUACCAGAGCUCCUCAAGUCAUAAUGGCAAAGAUUCUGGCAUGAUGUUGGAGACCACCGAGAGCAACAAGAGCUCAAACUCCCAGAGUCCAUCUCCUCCCAGCAGCUCACUGGCAUACAGUUUGUUGAGUGCAAGCUCAGAGCAGGAUCCUUCAUCCACCAGCGGCUGCAGCAGUGAGCAGUCAGCUCGAGUGCAGACCCAGAAGGAGCUGAUGAGGGCACUGAAGGAGCUCAAGAUUCGCCUUCCCGCUGAGAAGAAGACCAAAGGGCGCUCCAGCACCCUCAAUGCCCUCAAAUACGCCCUUAGCUGCGUCAAACAAGUCCAAGCCAAUCAGGAGUAUUAUCACCAGUGGAAUGUUGAAGAGUGUCAUGGCUGCAGUCUGGAUCUUUCCACAUUCACCAUAGAAGAGCUUGAUAACAUUACCUCAGAAUAUACGCUGAAAAACACAGACACGUUCUCCAUGGCUGUGUCAUUCCUGUCGGGGAAGGUGGUGUAUAUCUCUCCGCAGGGUUCAUCUUUGUUGCGAAGUAAACCAGAGAAGCUGCAGGGGGCGCUGUUUUCAGAGCUCCUCGCUCCUCAGGACGUCAGCACUUUCUACAGCAGCACUGCCCCCUGCAGAUUACCGCCAUGGGCCUCCUGCAUCGGAUCUGCGUCCCCUCCAGUGGAGUGUACCCAGGAGAAAUCCAUGUUCUGCAGGAUCAGCGCAGAUGGCUCUUCCAGUGGAGACAUGCGCUAUUACCCGUUCAGACUGACCCCGUACCAGCUCACACUGCGAGACUCGGACACUGCAGACCCCCAGCCCUGCUGCCUGCUCAUCGCUGAGAGAGUACACUCUGGAUACGAGGCUCCUCGUAUUCCUCCAGAUAAGCGAAUCUUUACCACCAGUCACACACCCAGCUGUCUCUUCCAGGAGGUUGAUGAGAGAGCUGUGCCACUUCUGGGUUAUCUGCCUCAGGACCUGGUAGGAACCCCAGUGCUGCUCUGUCUCCACCCAGAGGACAGACCAAUGAUGGUGGCCAUCCAUAAGAAGAUUCUGCAGUUUGCAGGGCAGCCGUUCGAACACUCUCCGUUGCGAAUGUGUGCCCGGAAUGGAGAGUAUCUGACUAUAGACACCUCCUGGUCCUCCUUUGUUAACCCUUGGAGCAGGAAGGUGGCGUUCAUCGUGGGUCGCCACAAAGUCCGAACUUCUCCACUGAAUGAGGAUGUGUUCACUCUGCCGAGGGCUCUGGAGGAGAGCACCUUGACUCCGGAUAUCGCACAUCUCAGCGAGCAGAUCCACCGGCUUCUGGUUCAGCCCGUACACAGCAGCAGCUCACAGGGCUAUGGCAGUCUGGCAAGUAACGGCUCCCAUGAGCUGCAACCCAGUGCCACUUCAUCAUCAGAGAGCAACGGCACCACUCUGGAGGAUCCAGCUCAACUUCACAAACCGAUGACCUUCCAGCAGAUCUGUAAAGAUGUUCACAUGGUAAAGACAAGUGGCCAACAAGUGUUUAUCGAGUCCCGUAACCGUCCCCCUCCUAGGAAACACACUGCCACAGGUUCUUUGCGAGCUGUAGUGGACACUGUGUCAGACGUGGCCCCACCCUCAAAGGAUCCAGUCCUCUCUCAGCUGGUGAGGAAGGACCCGCCCAGUGCGUACUCUUACCAGCAAAUCAACUGCCUAGAUAGCAUUAUACGGUAUCUAGAGAGCUGUAAUGUCCCAAACACAGUAAAAAGGAAGUGUGGCUCCUCCUCCUGUACUGCAUCCUCCAUUUCUGAUGAUGAUAAGCAGCAAGACACCCCCAGCAACCCUAAAGGCCCGUCAGUAGCUCUGGUUAGUGAGAGUACAUCACUGCCAGCCCUGACUUUACACAGUAAGGCAGAGAGUGUAGCAUCAGUAACGUCCCAGUGCAGUUUCAGCAGUACCAUUGUCCAUGUGGGAGACAAGAAACCCCCAGAGUCAGACAUUGUAAUGGAGGAAGCCCCUACAACUCCUAUACCUGCUCCUCCUGUCCUUCAUACUCUUCCUCCUCCUCCACCUCCUCCUCCUCCUGCCAUUGCUGCUGCCCCUUCUCUGCCCCCACCCCCAACUCCGCCGAGCCCUGCAGUUACAACUGAGAGAGAUGGAGGCAGGAGAGGAGGAGGAGCUGGAGGAGUAGCAGCAGCAGCAGCAGGAGGAAGUGGAGGAGGAAGGCUGGGACUGACCAAAGAGGUGCUUUCUGCACAUACUCAGCAAGAGGAGCAGAACUUCAUGUGUCGGUUUAGGGAUCUGAGUCAGCUGAGAGUGUUCGACCCAACUUCAGUACUUCGACGGCAUACUACCACGCCAAUCACUAGAGGUGCACGCUGUUCACGUGAUUACCCUGCAAUGAGCAACAGUGGUCGUCGGCGUGGUAGAGGUGGUAAGAGGUUGAAACAUCAGGAGACCUCAGAGCAGGGAAGCUCUUUAGGACUGUCAGGCCCAACAGGAAGCCUCUCCACAGGUGUUCCUGCACAAGAUGGAGCACCUAACACUCCCUUCCCUAUGGCUCCUCCAACAACCUCAUCUUCUUGGCCACCUUCAGUGGGCUCCCAGAAUAGCCUGCCUUCUGUGCCCUAUCCACCAGGCAUGCUGCCCCUUUAUCCACUCUACCCACCCCUCUCUCACCCCAUCACUGACCCCACCAUGCAUACAGGCCUUCGCUUUCCCAUUCAGAAUCCUCAGGUGGCACCUCCCAUGGUGCCCCCCAUGAUGGCAUUGGUACUUCCCAACUACAUGUUUCCACAAAUUGGCACAACCGUGGCCCAGCCUGGUACUGCAACUAUGUCUCAGCCCUUCUACAAUCCCAGUGUGUCUUUUCAAUACCCCAUAGCCAGCACUGUCCCCCCUCCAGCACCCAUUCAGACAGUAACACCAGCCCCAAGAAAUCCAUCCCGCUGCAGUACACCUCAGUCCUGCAGCCAGAGGGAAGGAGGGGUGGAAAGAGAAGGGACAGAGUCACCCCUUUUCCAAUCCCGAUGCUCCUCCCCUCUGAAUUUGCUUCAGCUGGAGGAGUCACCAACCAGUCGGCUUGAGGCAGCGACAGCACUGGUCUCUGGGCAGCAGGCCACGCCUCCUUCCGGUGGACAAGGAGGCGGGGUUGGAGGACCAGCAGCAGCCAAUCAGAGAAGCGCAGCAGCAGACUCCAAAGAGAAUGAAAAUGGAGAAGCCAAUGAAUCAAAUCAGGAUGCCAUGUCCUCCUCCAGUGAUCUGCUUGACCUGCUGCUGCAGGAGGACUCAAGAUCGGGCACAGGCUCAGCCGCCUCGGGCUCUGGGUCCUCAGGCACAGGGUCCUCAGGAUCUGGCUCAGGUUCCUCAGGGUCUGGCUCCAAUGGUUGCAGCAGUUCUGGGAGUGGAACGAGAAGCAGCCAGAGCAGCCACACGAGCAAGUACUUCGGCAGUAUAGACUCGUCGGAGAAUGACCACUCUCGUAAGCAGACAGCAGGGGGCAACGGAGAGGCCCAGUUCAUUAAGUGUGUACUGCAGGAUCCCAUCUGGCUGCUUAUGGCCGACACAGACGAGAAGAUCAUGAUGACCUACCAACUGCCCAUCAGAGACAGAGAGACUGUGCUAAGUGAGGACAGUGUUGCAUUGAGAGCCAUGCAGAAGCAUCAGCCUCGUUUUACCGAGGAGCAGAAGCGGGAGCUGGGUCAGGUUCACCCCUGGAUCCGCACAGGACGUCUGCCACGUGCCAUCAAUAUAUCAGGAUGUGUGGGCUGCAAAUCUCCUCCUACAGUGCCACCUGCUGCGCCCUUUGACGUGGAGAUCCAUGAGAUGGAGCUGUGCAGCGUGCUCGAUGUGACAGAAGAUGGCGCCACCGGCGAGAAACGCAUGCAGCUAGACACAGCCAUGGAUGACCGAGAGGCAGAGGGAGAGGCACAGCAUCGGAUAGAUGAAGAUGAGGAAGAUAAAGGACGGGCCAGAAUGACAAGACAGCUCAGCGAUCAGGAAAUGGCAGUUGAGGAACAGGAAGUUACCUCACAAAUGGAGGCUGAAGAGAGGAAAGGAGGCCAUGCAACUGACAUGAGACACUGAUAUGAUACUGUUAGCCCAUGACUGGUGGGAAAAAUGACUUUAUAAUCACAGCUGAUUAUGUCAGCAGUGGGAUGAUGGCAAAAAAAAAAAGACUAUAGCACUAACAGCCAAGCGUACCGACUUUUGGGCACAAUUUUUCUUUUUCAGAAAAGAUGUAAAUGUAAACUAGUACAGUAUGUUGUGAGGUUUACCAAUGACACUGUGGAGAGUGGAAUUAUGUUGUUAGAUUCUUAAACUAAAGUGAUGCUCUGAUUUGUUUUUCUACAAGUAAAAAUACAGUAUUUAUUUGUAUAGCUGAAAGCAGGUCAGUAGUGAGUAAAGCUGCGAAGGCUGACAGAUGAUGAAUGUGAAAAAAAGGCCACUUUAUUGUAAGACUGUGACACCACUGCUCUGCACACUGCCCCGGAUCACUCUAAGACAACAACAUUGUGGAUGGUCUGAUUUGUUAAUUAGAUCCUUUCAGUUGUUCUGUUCAGCUCCAGCUUUGAGAACUCACAGGACUGUGUAUUGUUAUGUAGCUCUGACCGGCCUCUUGAGAACGAUCACAGUGUUACUAAAACUUUGUUGUAAGUAGAUUUAUAUGUAGUGAUAUAUAAAAACGAGCGAACAUAUGCAGGCUUCGGGUCAGUAUCACUGCCUUUUGCAGAUGUUUGAUCUGCAGUUUACAUGUGCGUUUAGACCAAAUUUCACAGGUUGAUUUAUUUUUUGGAGGUUCAUUAGUAUUUUUAUACAUUACUGGUGUAGUUUCUGUCCAGGGAUUUGUACUUGUACUAUCUGCAGUGUGUGUUUAAUCCACAUGGAUUGCCCAUUAAUAUUUCUGUCGCUUUGGCAGCAGAAGUGUUUUUGGCCAAUGAUUGCUUCACGUUUAUUUUCCCCUCCAUAUACAAAGUAAAAGGCCUUUUAGUCAGUGGCAUCCUCAGUAACAGAGGUGCAUGAUGGGUAGGAGAAUAUAUGAGCAUGGUGGACAGUCAUAGGGCAUCGAAAACACAGUGGUGCCUGUGUGGUCUCAUUUUCACUGUAGUGUCUCGCCUUAGUUAUAUGUGCUUGGCAAUCAGAGAAGAAAAUGAUAGGCUUAGUAAACACUAGUAACCGUGUAAAGAGUGCUUAGGACAGGGCAGACAAUCUCUAACAUCCUUCUCUUUUCUGUGUCAUUCUGUUUUAAUCAUGUCGUACUCAGCUUUAGUGGUCUUGAGUGGUUUCUAAGUAUUUUUGUGAAUUUCUUUGUAUGAAAAAAAAAAUGAAAUAAAAUCAAAACUUUCACCCUUUUA